CUCCCACCAAACUAUCUUUAAUUAAUUAUUUUAAUUCACGGGUCAUUCGCCUAAGUUUAAGACUAAAAUUAAGGCUAACUUUUCACUAUAAAAGCACUACAAAUUUUUUCAAAAAACAAAUCUUCUUCUUCUUCUCUUCCGUCGACGCCAACGUAUCGCUGCCUGCAACAACAAAGAUGAUCCAUCCCAUGAUGAACAAUCCAAUGUGUGGCCCGUAUCCUGUGACGCUCCAGUGCAACAACUGUGGCGCAGAAGGUCUAACGAGGGUCGUGAAGGAUCCAAACAAUAUGUUCGCCAUAGGAUGUAUCGUGGUAACUCUGAUCGGCGGCUUCUGUCUUACUCCUCUUCUCUGCUGCUGGACCUCGGCCUUCGACUAUAGCCAUCACUGCUCGGUAUGCGGAACUUUGUUGGGCGCCAACAAACAUUAAAACGAGGAAAGAGAUGGACAAAACUUGAUAUAAAUAAAUAUUGUUUUGCUAUUGUAUUUUUUGUUUUGCCCAAAAUUGUUGUUGUAUUUAGCUUGUAUUGUGUAAUUUAUAGUGAAUAAAAAAAUUGAAUAUCUUUCCGUUUUUGAUUGCCGAUUUGUAGUAUAAAAAUGCUUAAAUAAACAAUCCUCAAGGCUUAAAAGUUGAAGCUGAGAAAAUGUCCAGGACACUUAAAUCUCUCCCCUUUUCAUUAUCCUUCAUUAUCCCUCCCUACAUUUCUGCUUAUAUUUCAAACAAAAGCAGUUGGAAAGCUUUACUCCCUAUAUUAAAAACUUUUUAAAACAACCUUGCCUUGCAAAACACCUCUUUGUCAAACGUCAAAGCAUCGCUGCAAGCU